GGACGCGGGGCGCGGGCGGAGCGGCCGGGCCUGGGCCUGCAGCCGGCGCCGAGAUGCUGCCGCCGCCGCCGCUGCUGCUGCUGGCGCCUCUCUUCCUGCGGCCCCUGGGCGCCGUCGGGGCGCAGACCCCCAACGCCACCUCGGAAGGUUGCCAGAUCAUACACCCGCCCUGGGAAGGGGGCAUCCGCUACCGGGGCCUGACUCGGGACCAGGUGAAGGCCAUCAACGUCCUGCCAGUGGACUAUGAGAUCGAGUAUGUAUGCCGCGGGGAGCGCGAGGUUGUGGGGCCCAAGGUUCGCAAGUGCCUGGCCAACGGCUCCUGGACGGACAUGGACACCCCCAGCCGCUGUGUCCGAAUCUGCUCCAAGUCUUACUUGACCCUGGAAAAUGGGAAAGUUUUCCUGACGGGUGGGGACCUCCCAGCUCUGGACGGAGCCCGGGUGGAUUUCCGGUGUGACCCCGACUUCCAUCUGGUGGGCAGCUCCCGGAGCAUCUGUAGUCAGGGCCAGUGGAGCACCCCCAAGCCCCACUGCCAGGUGAACCGAACGCCACACUCAGAGCGGCGCGCAGUCUACAUCGGGGCGCUGUUCCCCAUGAGCGGGGGCUGGCCCGGGGGCCAGGCCUGCCAGCCCGCGGUAGAGAUGGCGCUGGAGGACGUGAACAGCCGCAGGGACAUCCUGCCGGACUACGAGCUCAAGCUCAUCCACCACGACAGCAAGUGUGACCCAGGGCAAGCCACCAAGUACUUGUAUGAGCUGCUCUACAACGACCCCAUCAAGAUCAUCCUCAUGCCUGGCUGCAGCUCUGUCUCUACACUUGUGGCUGAGGCUGCCCGGAUGUGGAACCUCAUUGUGCUUUCCUACGGCUCCAGCUCACCAGCGCUGUCGAACCGGCAGCGCUUCCCCACGUUCUUCCGCACACACCCGUCAGCCACGCUGCACAACCCUACCCGCGUGAAGCUCUUUGAAAAGUGGGGCUGGAGGAAGAUUGCCACCAUCCAGCAGACCACGGAGGUCUUCACGUCGACUCUGGAUGACCUAGAGGAGCGAGUGAAGGAGGCUGGAAUCGAGAUUACCUUCCGCCAGAGUUUCUUCUCGGAUCCGGCUGUGCCGGUCAAGAACCUGAAGCGCCAGGAUGCCCGGAUCAUCGUGGGACUUUUCUAUGAGACCGAAGCCCGGAAAGUGUUUUGUGAGGUGUACAAGGAGCGGCUCUUUGGGAAGAAGUAUGUCUGGUUCCUCAUUGGGUGGUACGCUGACAAUUGGUUCAAGACGUAUGACCCGUCCAUCAACUGCACAGUAGACGAGAUGACCGAGGCAGUGGAGGGCCAUAUCACCACUGAGAUUGUCAUGCUGAACCCGGCCAACACCCGGAGCAUUUCCAACAUGACAUCCCAGGAAUUUGUGGAGAAACUAACCAAGCGACUCAAAAGACACCCUGAGGAGACUGGAGGCUUUCAGGAGGCACCACUGGCCUAUGAUGCCAUCUGGGCCCUGGCGUUGGCCUUGAACAAGACGUCUGGAGGAGGUGGCCGUUCAGGUGUGCGCCUGGAGGACUUCAACUACAACAACCAGACCAUUACCGACCAGAUCUACCGGGCGAUGAAUUCCUCAUCCUUCGAGGGUGUCUCCGGCCAUGUGGUGUUUGAUGCAAGUGGCUCCCGGAUGGCUUGGACACUUAUUGAGCAGUUACAGGGUGGCAGCUACAAGAAGAUCGGCUACUAUGACAGCACCAAGGAUGACCUUUCCUGGUCCAAAACAGAUAAGUGGAUUGGAGGGACCCCCCCGGCCGACCAGACCCUGGUCAUCAAGACAUUCCGCUUCCUGUCGCAGAAACUCUUCAUCUCCGUCUCGGUUCUCUCCAGCUUGGGGAUUGUUCUAGCUGUUGUCUGUCUGUCGUUUAACAUCUACAACUCUCACGUCCGUUACAUCCAGAACUCACAGCCUAACCUGAACAAUCUGACUGCUGUGGGCUGCUCACUGGCAUUAGCUGCUGUCUUCCCCCUUGGGCUGGAUGGCUACCACAUCGGGAGGAACCAGUUCCCUUUUGUCUGCCAGGCCCGCCUCUGGCUCCUGGGCCUGGGCUUUAGUCUGGGCUAUGGCUCCAUGUUCACCAAGAUCUGGUGGGUCCACACAGUCUUCACAAAGAAGGAAGAGAAGAAGGAAUGGAGGAAGACUCUGGAGCCUUGGAAGCUGUAUUCCACGGUGGGCCUGCUGGUGGGCCUGGAUGUCCUUACUCUCGCCGUCUGGCAGAUCGUGGACCCCUUGCACCGGACCAUCGAGACUUUUGCCAAGGAAGAGCCAAAGGAAGACAUUGAUGUCUCUAUUCUGCCCCAGCUGGAGCACUGCAGCUCCAAGAAGAUGAAUACGUGGCUUGGUAUUUUCUAUGGGUAUAAGGGCCUGCUGCUGCUGCUGGGAAUCUUUCUUGCUUAUGAGACCAAAAGUGUAUCCACUGAGAAGAUCAACGACCACAGGGCUGUGGGCAUGGCCAUCUACAAUGUGGCGGUCCUGUGCCUCAUUACCGCCCCUGUCACCAUGAUCCUGAGCAGCCAGCAGGACGCAGCCUUUGCCUUUGCCGCCCUCGCCAUCGUCUUCUCCUCCUACAUCACUCUGGUUGUGCUGUUUGUGCCCAAGCCCCUGCUCUGCUGCCCCUGCCUACAUGCUUGUCCCCAGAUGCGCAGGCUGAUCACCCGAGGUGAGUGGCAGUCGGAGGCCCAGGACACCAUGAAGACAGGGUCGUCGACCAACAACAACGAGGAGGAGAAGGCCCGGCUCUUGGAGAAGGAGAACCGCGAACUGGAAAAGGUCGUUGCUGAGAAAGAGGAGCGGGUCUCCGAGCUGCGCCACCAGCUCCAGUCUCGGCAGCAGCUUCGCUCCCGGCGCCACCCCCCGACGCCCCCAGACCCUUCUGGAGGCCCAGCCAGGGGCCCCCCCGAGCCCCCCGACCGGCUUAGCUGUGAUGGGAGUCGAGUCCAUUUGCUCUACAAGUGAGGGGCACCAGGGAGCAGCCGUAGGGGUGGGAGGGUGGGAGGGCGGGAGGCUGGAGGAAGCAGGCGUCUCCGUCCGCAGUCAGGGGAACGCGCUGCCCGACCAGGCCUUAAACACCUGUGCCUCUGGAGUCCUGGGGUUAUUUGGGUCUCCGGAACGCUGAGAAAUAGGCCUUUUCCUGUCCUCUUCAUUCAUGUGAUCUUGUGUCGUCACUUCAGAACUCAGUCGUGUUUCAUGAAAAGCCCCUCGCGGGACUCCUUGGCAGCCGGGCCAUUUCUCUGCCUCCACAGCGCACUGCUGUCUUCUUACCGGCAGCCUCUGGUCUCUCGGCCUCCUGUCAGCAGGGGUCUCCACACAAGUGCGCUUCCCACCCCAGUGGGGCCUCUGUUUCUCUCGCCCUCAUAACCUCCUCCCCUCCACUUUCCCUCCUCACAUUUCUUUCCUCUGAGGGCUCACUCUUCUCACCAAGGCCGCUGUGAGUGAGCUCCUGCUUCCCAGCACACAUUUAUCCCCUCUCCUGCUUGUGCCCACGGGGCAUGCUGCUGUGCACGCUUGCUCUUCCCUUGAGCCUUCUCACCUGUGGUUCCAUGUGCUUCCUGUGGACCCUGCACUAGCUCUGCAUGCCCCUCGUGGGCACAGGUCUGCCCUUGUGUGUGGGUCAUGAGCUGUGUCUUCCUACCACACACAUCCACAUUUGCCUGCUUUCUUCUUCUCACCUAAAGAUCGCUGUGUUCUCUCAACAGAACUAUGUGCAUUGUCACGCACUUUGCCCUAAUUCUCUUUGCUGGGGCACCCACACUCCUCCCUCCUACACUCAGUGCCUGCUCAGGUGUUUCUGGUCUGUGCUUUGCACUCAUCCUGUCACCCGCAGUCUACACUCAACACUCAUCUUCCCCCAGGACUGCUCCCUUUCACUGUGUGUAAGUUUGGGGACCAAGGGUAAAGGAACGGGCAGGUUGGGAGAGCUGCUUCCAGUGGAUAGAUGAUGAGAAUCCUGACCAAAGGGAGGCACUUCAGGCCAUUGGAAUGAACAGAUGGACUGAUGGGGCAAUGGGUGGUGUCCCUUUCACAUUGGUGUCUCUUGGGGCAGGAUCUCCCUGAAUCUCAAUAAACCAGUGGACAGUGUGACUCAGCA